ACCCUGUUCGAAUAGCUGACGAGACAACGAUCACACUUUCUGUUUCUCAUCGCGAAAAUCGCAAUCGAAAAUAUACAGCACGGAAAAGCUGCAGUAGCCAGCCGUGCUCACUCAUCAGUCGGCAUCACAUCACAUCGUUUGGCGCACUGUUGGCCGGUUAGUAGGAAGAAACAACUCAGCGAAUUCAGUUCAUUUCUCGCGGAGCUCAGUGCCAGUUACCAGCGAUAGGCAAAAUGGUGUUAUGUCACAUUCGUGCGACUUUGCAACUUGGCCAGUUAAUAAGUUCUACUGUUCGCUCACAUUAUGGAUACCGGUGCAGUAGGUUUCUCAGCACCAGCAAAUUACUGUUGAAAGAGAGGUUAUAUACUGAUAAACACGAAUGGGUCUCGGUGGAGGGUGAAGUCGGAACUGUUGGAAUUUCGAACUUUGCUCAGGAAGCUCUUGGUGAUGUGGUGUUCGUGCAACUUCCCGAUGUUGGAACAAAACUGUCCAAAAAGGACGAAUGCGGAGCACUAGAGAGCGUAAAAGCUGCCAGUGAGGUUUAUUCACCCGUUUCCGGUGAGGUGACAGAAAAAAACGGCGCCGUUGAAGAGACACCAGGUCUAGUAAAUUCAUCAUGUUAUGAAGAAGGAUGGUUGUUUAGGUUGAAACUAACGAAUCCGGAUGAGUUGACUCAGCUGAUGAACGAAAAACAGUAUACUGAGUUCCUGAAAACCGAUGCCCACUAACGCAUUUCUCUGAGCAGCGAGAAUGGCACAUUUACUCUACUACUCAACUGAAACUUUUGCAGAAACUCGAUCACUGGGUUGGCAGCUAACCAGUGCCGUAGCCAGUUUAUGAAUAGUUGCUAAGUCAGAUAAGUCCCGUGUAAAUCGAAUGUUUAUAAUUUAUAAAAGUAAAUAUGUUCUCAACCAA